AUGGUCAUAGUUGUGAAAUCCCUCAAGAUUUUCAAGUAUCAGACAUGGGAAUACUUUGUCACCUACCUUCUUUUUGAUAGACUUGGCAGGAUAUCCAUUGAACUUGCCAGUUUGUCUAGUCAGCAACAUGAGGAAAUACUAAGAAAGAAAAGAAGCAAUGAUAAUCUACAUCAACAGAGCAACUCUGCUCUGAUAAUAUCACUGGAGACUACCAUCAACUAUCAGAAUUCUGUUGAAAAGGGAUUGCAGACUGCAGAUUUAUAUUUGGCCAAGGCAUGGUUUCGUAGCUCUCAACCCAUGACAAGAAGCCAAUCCUCUGAAUUGCGGAGGAGGUAUGCUGCUAUGCUGGUCAGUCAGACAACAGUAGGUAUGGAAGUUAUGCAAAAUGCUUCUGGGCAUGGUGUCAAUAUUUUGAAUCAAGAGUUUGCUCAUUCUACUUGUUUCAAUGACCCUUCUAUGUGUGGGUUUCCCAACCAAGUGGCCACAUUCAUGUCUCUUUCAAAUUCAUCCUCAUCUACUUUCAGCAGCCCCCAAAUGGCUGAUAUGGAUAAAGUGUCUUCUGUCGUGAGUAUGCUAAGUUGUGCAGUGGACCAGGAAGAUUCUACGAAAAAGCGUAGGGUGGAUCGGUCACGAAAAAUGGCGGAGGCAAAGGAAAGGAAUUUGACACCAGCAAUUCCAUCAGACAUGCAAUCUGUCUUGAGGCAAUGCGAAAACCUUGAGAAGGAAGUGCGGUCACUCAAACUUAACCUGUCUUUCAUGAAUAGGAAGGACACGGAGCAAAAUAAGCAGAUAGAAGAGCCUCAGCAGAUGAAUGAGGAAUUGGUCGAUGAAAAAGAGCGCCCACUGGAAGAAAUAGAGAGGAUCGUGUCAGAAAGUGAUAAGAUGUGCUAAAUCAAUCUGCUACUGACGGAUCCUCGUAAAAAUUAAUAUUGUGUGAAGCAGCAAAAAUUUUGGC